AUGUCGUUCCUAGGUGGCGCAGAAUGCUCAACCUCCGGCAACCCCCUCAGCCAGUUCCAGAAACACGUCCAAGAUGACAACACUCUCCAAAGAGACAGACUGGUGCAGAGAGGGCCGAACGCUCUUGCUGGCGGCUUCAGGAGCGCCGGCGCAAGCACUCCACAGGAUGAGAUGAUGAACGGAUUCCUGAACAAGGGACCCGGCCUUCAACAAGAGAUCCCAAUGCCGAACGGCGCGGUCCAACUAAAUCCUGCGCAAGGCGUCCACCUCCGCGCGAACUCGACCUCCCCAACGUGGGCGAACGACUUCCAGAACCAGGCUGCUAUGGAGUCCGCCUUCAAUGCUCCUCCCGGCACACAAUUCAGCCCCGAAGAAUUCUCACGCUUCCGGCAGAUGAACCAGCAGCCUUCGUCGGCCAGGGCGAGUCCGAUGCCCAGCCAAAUGGCGCAGCAACCGAGAAUGGGAAUGAACAUGGGGAUGAAUAUGGGUAUGGGUUACAACAGCAUGAUGGGUCCAUCCAUGUUCCAGCCCAUGUAUCAGCAACCUAUGCACCAGCAGCCGCAACAGGACGUUAAGGGCAAGGGAAAGCUGGUUGAGCUUGAUGAUAACAAAUGGGAAGAGCAGUUUGCGCAAAUGGAGUUGCAAGAGAAGGAAGACCAGGAGGCCAAGGCAGCCGAGCCAGAGCUUGACGAAAUGGACAAAGCCAUGCAAUCAGAAACUGGUUUUGGUGACUUUGAGUCAAUAUGGAAGGGAAUCGAGGCGGAGACAGCGGCGGCUAGAGGCAUGGUUGACGACUCGACAUUCGAUAAGUUCGACAGCGAGGAUUGGGGUCCUGAUUUCACCGGUAUGAGCAGCGACUGGGGCCGGCUGGGCGACCCGGUGGUGGAGAACUACCUUUUCGAGGAAGACAACUUCUUCAGCGAAGAGAAGAACGCCUUCGACGAGGGUGUUCGCAUCAUGCGUGAGGGUGGAAACCUGUCUCUUGCGGCGCUCGCCUUCGAGGCUGCGGUCCAGCAGAACCCAGAGCACACCGAGGCUUGGGUGUACCUCGGCUCAGCACAGGCGCAAAACGAAAAGGAGACAGCAGCUAUUCGUGCUCUCGAACAGGCCCUCAAGUUAGACCCGAACAACUUGGCUGCUCUCAUGGGCCUAGCUGUUUCUUACACCAACGAGGGCUAUGACAGCACCGCCUACCGCACCCUCGAGAGGUGGCUGUCCGUCAAGUACCCCAACAUUAUCGCCCCGAAGGACCUCCAUCCCAUGGCUGAGAUGGGCUUCACAGACCGUCAGCAACUGCAUGACAAGGUUACUAGCCUUUUCAUCAAGGCGGCACAGUUGAGCCCUGACGGCGAACAUAUGGAUCCUGACGUGCAAGUCGGUCUCGGAGUACUCUUCUAUGGUGCUGAGGAGUACGACAAGGCCGUUGACUGCUUCACCGCGGCUCUCCACUCUUCCGAACUCGGAACGUCGAACCAGCAAGAGCAACUGCACUUGCUCUGGAACCGCCUGGGCGCCACGCUCGCUAACUCCGGCCGCUCCGAGGAGGCUAUCGCGGCGUAUGAGAAGGCGCUCAGCAUCCACCCCAACUUCGUGCGUGCGAGGUACAAUCUGGGUGUCAGCUGCAUAAACAUUGGCUGCCACGCUGAAGCUGCUUCCCACUUCCUUGCUGCGCUCAACAUGCACAAGGCUAUCGAGAAGAGUGGACGCAACAUGGCUUACGAGAUUCUUGGCGGCGGCGACGGUGCCCGCGGCGGCACCAACACUGCUGCCCUUGACGAGCAGAUCGACCGCAUGACGGCACAGAACCGGAGCACCACUCUGUACGACACGCUCCGCCGGGUAUUCACUCAGAUGGGCCGUCGGGAUCUGGCCGACAAGACCGUUGCAGGUGUUGACCCUGAGAUCUUCAGGGGGGAGUUUGACUUCUAA